UUUGCUUCAUAAACAGCAAAUAGACGUCAUGCCCUAUCAUUUUUAUUUUUUCUAUUUUUCUAUUUAAAACUCGUCGUUUUUCCAAAUCGCAGGAAAAUUAAAGCGGGAAAGCAAGGAAGCCCUAGAAAGCGGGAAGCGGAGAGAGGAGAGAGAAGGAAGAAAGAGAUGGCGCCAGUUAUGCAGAGCUCUCAGCCAUGGGUGGAGAAAUACCGGCCCAAGCAAGUAAAAGACGUGGCUCACCAGGACGAGGUGGUCCGGGUCCUCACCAACACCCUCGAAACCACUAGUUGUCCGCACAUGCUUUUCUACGGCCCGCCCGGCACCGGAAAAACCACCACCGCCCUCGCCAUCGCCCACCAGCUUUUUGGGCCCGAGCUGUACAAGUCUAGAGUUUUGGAGCUCAAUGCGAGUGAUGACCGUGGUAUCAAUGUUGUUCGAACAAAAAUCAAAGAUUUUGCCGCUGUUGCGGUGGGUUCUGGCCAACGUCGAGGGGUUUAUCCUUGUCCACCAUAUAAGAUCAUUAUUCUUGAUGAGGCGGAUUCAAUGACUGAAGACGCUCAGAAUGCCCUGAGGCGCACAAUGGAAACUUAUUCCAAAGUCACAAGGUUCUUUUUCAUCUGUAAUUACAUCAGCAGGAUCAUAGAGCCGCUUGCUUCAAGGUGUGCAAAGUUCAGGUUCAAGCCACUUUCAGAAGAAAUUAUGACUAGUCGUAUAUUGUACAUUUGCAAUGAAGAAGGCCUGAAUUUGGAUGCAGAGGCUCUUUCAACACUGAGCUCUAUCUCACAAGGUGAUCUUCGUCGGGCUAUUACAUACUUGCAGUCAGCCGCUCGCUUAUUUGGAUCUUCAAUUUCUUCGAAGGACCUGAUAAGUGUUUCUGGGGUUAUCCCGCAGGAGUUUGUUGAGGCACUUUUUGCAGCUUGUAAAAGUGGUAACUUUGAUUUGGCCAACAAGGAAGUCAAUAACGUGAUUGCAGAGGGAUACCCGGUUUCUCAGAUGUUUUCACAGUUAUUUGAUGUAAUUGUUGAAGCGGAUGAUUUAUCAGAUGAACAGAAGGCUAGAAUAUGCAGAAAAUUGGGUGAAGCUGAUAAGUGUCUUGUUGAUGGUGCUGACGAGUACUUGCAACUGCUCGACGUUUCUGGCAACACAAUGCGAGCUCUUUGUAACAUGUCCGAAGAAUUCUCGUAUUAACAAUUAGGUUAUCUGAGAAGCCAGAUCCAGGUUUGUUUAAGGGAUUUUGUAGAAACAACUCAAAACUGAAAUUCUUUAAUCAGGGGGAAACAAUCAUAUUGUCCUAAUCAACUGCUGAUAUGGUUUAUGACUCACAAAUGAUCUGUGCAAUUGAUCACUCCGAUAUCUCGGUAAUCAGCCUAGGUCUCAAAACUAGCCUAGCUAGUCUUGGUCACCCACAUUGAUGCUUCAGACCUCGCUAAUCGAAAAGGUCAGCGAAUUGCCGAACGUGGUAUAAACUUGCUCAUUUUAAUUUGACUAUGGAAAUGGUGAAAGCAAAAUUUUCUAUUGCUGAGCAUACCCAUUUUUAUCCAUUAGGACCUUAAUCUGUCCCCUUUUGUCCCCUAUUUCUUCACAAGCAAUUCUGUCCUGUCAAACACACAUUCUAUAGCUAAUAUUUGGCAUGCUUAAUGUAUGGCUUGAAGCAUAAUUAUGGCAUGCUUAACUCGUGCCAGCAGUCAUAAGUGGAAGCCAUGAUAAGCUCUCCGUUAUCAGAUACAGAAUUGUCGUUAAUGUACUCA